AUGCUGAAGAGAGACCAUCGAACAAUAAAGAAAGCAGCUGAUAACAUUCUUUACAAACGAAAACGAAACAAAGGAAAGGGAUUGAAGGACAUUUCUAAACGAGACCUACGACAGUUAAAGAGAACUAUGGUAAAUCAUCCAUUACUAACAAGUGGCGAAAUAUUUGCGAAAGCAGGAAUUGCUAACUUCAAACGAGAUAAGAGGUGUCGAAUCCUUAAACAAAUGGGCUCCUUUAAGAAAUCCAAUCGAAGGCCACAUUUAAAUCAAACGCAUAGGGAGAAACGUAAGGUAUGGGCUAGAGAUAAUAUGAAAACUGACUUCAGCAAUGUAGUAUUCACUGACGAAAGCAGGGUCACAUUAAAUGGGCCUGAUGGUUGGUCAAAAGGUUGGGUUCUACAAGACAGAGAAGCCCCAAUCACAAGGAGACGACAGCAAGGUGGGGGUAGCAUCAUGAUGUGGGCAGGAAAUUGUGGUGAUAAGCUUAUUGGGCCAUAUAAAGUUGAUGACGAAGUAAAGCUGACCAGUCAAACUUAUUGA